CGGCGCGGCCGCUCAGAGUGCGCGGGGCGGCGCGCGGCGUGCGGCUGGCGGUGGCUGCUCGGGCGUCGGCGCUGGCUGGCUGGACUUGCCCCGGGCUGCCUCAGGGUCGCCGAGCGCGCCGCCCGGCCUGGCCUGAAGGCUCGUCUGGCCGCGCCCGCCCGCUCCCGCUCCUCCUCGGCCCGCACCCGGAGCGCGGGGGCCGCGUCCCGAAGACAGCGGCCGCCAGCGCGGGGUACUCAGCGACCACGGGGCUCGGGGCUGAGCGGCCGGUUCCCGCCCCCGUGCCGCCGCCGCCGCCGGGGCGACCGCCGGGCUUGGCCGCCGCCGCGGCGUCUGGCUCCGGGGUCCGAGUCGCUGGGGGCGCGGGCGGGGUCGCGCCUCGAGUCCCCGGGCGGCCGGCGAGCAUGGAGGAGAAGUACCUGCCGGAGCUGAUGGCGGAGAAGGACUCCCUGGACCCGUCGUUCACGCACGCCCUGCGGCUGGUGAGCCAAGAAAUAGAAAAGUUUCAAAAAGGAGAAGGAAAGGAUGAAGAAAAGUACAUUGAUGUGGUGAUUAAUAAGAACAUGAAGCUGGGACAGAAAGUGUUAAUUCCUGUAAAACAGUUCCCUAAGUUCAACUUUGUGGGGAAGCUUUUGGGUCCACGUGGCAAUUCUCUGAAGCGUUUGCAAGAAGAAACCUUGACAAAAAUGUCCAUCCUUGGAAAAGGUUCCAUGAGAGACAAGGCAAAGGAAGAAGAGUUAAGGAAAAGUGGAGAAGCAAAAUACUUUCACCUGAAUGAUGAUCUCCAUGUUCUCAUUGAAGUGUUUGCCCCGCCAGCAGAAGCUUAUGCCCGUAUGGGACAUGCUUUGGAAGAAAUCAAAAAGUUUCUCAUCCCUGACUAUAAUGAUGAAAUCAGGCAAGCACAGCUCCAGGAAUUAACAUAUUUGAAUGGUGGUUCAGAAAAUGCAGAUGUCCCAGUGGUUCGAGGGAAACCCACCUUGCGUACAAGAGGUGUACCAACCCCAGCAAUAACGAGGGGAAGGGGAGGAGUCACAGCCCGGCCAGUUGCAGUUGGUGUACCACGAGGGACGCCAACUCCCAGGGGAGUCCUUUCCACCCGAGGGCCAGUGAGUCGGGGAAGAGGACUACUCACUCCCAGAGCAAGAGGAGCCCCCCCAACUGGGUACAGACCUCCACCACCACCCCCAACACAGGAGACCUAUGGAGAAUAUGACUAUGAUGAUGGAUAUGGCACUGCUUAUGAUGAACAGAGUUAUGAUUCCUAUGAUAACAGCUAUAGCACCCCAGCCCAAAGUGGUGCUGAUUACUAUGAUUACGGACAUGGACUCAGUGAGGAGACUUAUGAUUCCUACGGUCAAGAGGAGUGGACUAACUCAAGACACAAGGCACCUUCAGCGAGGACAGCAAAGGGCGUCUACAGAGACCAGCCAUAUGGCAGAUACUGAUUGUACUGUCUGAUGUUGUGAAUAGCCAAUCUCCACCAGUCCUGUAUACUGUUCAAAGUAAUUUUUUUCUAUGAACAAUCCCUUUUUAAAUAAAUCAGAAUGCUUUAAAUCUGAAUGGAUGGAACUUAAAACUACUUUGUUGAAACAUCAACCUGGGCAGAAAAAAAAGACAUGUAAAAUUUUGUUAUUUCCAAUCUGUAUAUGAAAAAAUAGGUGAUCAAAAGGAAAAAAAAUAACUUUGAUUAACUAGUGUUAAACAAAAAAAUAGGUUUACUAAAUAUGUUAAUCUAUUCUUUUAACACAAGCCUCACCUUUCAUUUUAAAGGUUUCCAUAGAAUUUAGUUAUUUUAUCUUUCAGCCAUAUGCUAGUUUUUUUUUUUCCUCUUGCCAACAUGCGUAAAAAGGGAAGCCAAUUACAAGUGCAAAUAAUGUGGUAUUCUUUUGUAACUCAAGUCUUGAAAUGUUCUGUAGUGU